GGGCAGCAGAGCUCAGGCUGUCUUUGUAUGUAGUGCUGCAGCCUGGAGAAGAUGGAAGGAUCUCUGGAUCAGCUGUCAGCAGGGAAGGAUCAUCUCUAGCUUGGACCAAACAUGAGCCUCCCAGCAGCCGGCACCCAGUCUAGCAGCAGGACAGGACAUCAGCAGCACCCUGCAGCAGCACAUGUAUGAUCAGCCUGACAUCUGACAGCCAGACACACAGGAGAGCUGCAAGCAUGAGCGAGCAGAGUAUUUGUCAGGCGCGGGCGUCCGUCAUGAUCUACGAUGACACCAGCAAGAAGUGGGUGCCGAUCAAACCCGGCCAGCAGGGGUUCAGCCGCAUCAACAUCUACCACAACACCACCAACAACACCUUCCGGGUCGUCGGGGUCAAACUUCAGGAUCAGCAAGUCGUCAUUAACUAUUCGCUGGUGAAAGGACUGAAAUACAAUCAGGCCACGCCCACCUUCCACCAAUGGAGGGAUGCCCGUCAGGUGUACGGCUUGAACUUCGCCAGCAAGGAAGAGGCCACCGCCUUCUCCAACGCCAUGCUCUUCGCCCUCAACAUCAUGAACUCCCAGGAUGGAGGUCCCGCAGCUCAGCGCCCAGCCCCCAGCAUCCAGAAUGGACCCUCGCCGGAUGAAAUGGAGAUACAGAGGAGGCAGAUGAUGGAGCAGCAACAGCGCCAAGAGACCCUGGAGAGGAGGACUUCGACCACAGUUUCCACCCUUCAGAUAAAUGUGUCCUCCUCUCCUUCCCAGUCUCCUCCUCCAGACUAUAGUAACUAUGGAGCUGCUUCUGCCUCUGGUGUCUUCCCGCCACCCUCCUAUGCCAAAGUCAUCUCUACGGCUUCUCCCGCUGCUCCCGGAGCUACUUAUAAACCCGCUCACAUCCCCCCCAGUGGUGACUCCUCCCAGUUCCUUCCCGGAAACAAGCCUUCCCAAGGCUCCGCCUUUUCUCCAGUACGGCCAACCAAUGGGACCCUGUCGCGAAGCGUCAAACAAAUCUCCUUGUCCCCACCCCCUGUUUCUGGCACCCAUUCCCCCUUUGCUUCUCUUCAGACUGUCCGGUCUCCAUCUGUGACCUAUUCCUCCCGUUCUUCCUCUCCCGCUGUCUCAGUGGCGUCACCGGCGCUCAACCAAAGUGUGUCUCCAAUUCCGACGAUGCUUUCUCCGAUUCCCGAUCCUCAGAAUGUCAGGAGGAAGGGAGGCUCCGACAAAACGCUCCAAAAACCCUACUUAUCUCAACUAGACCUAGAUGACCGAGGAGAAGAACCACAAGCCCCUCCAAAUCCAAGAUCCCACUUUAGAGCCGCCGAGCGUUCCUUUCUGUCCUGCUUAGAAACUGUACCUCUAGCUCAAAUGUCCGUCAUCGCCACGCCUACCGGAACCCUGACCGCCACCCCUACCGGAACCCUGACCUCCAUCCCUACCGGAAACCUGACCGCCACCCCUACCGGAAACCUGACCGCCACCCCUACCGGAAACCUGACCGCCACCCGUACCGGAACCCUGACUUCCAUCCCUACCGGAACCCUGACUGCCACCCCUACCGGAACCCUGACCGCCACCCCUACCGGAACCCUGACCACCACCCGUACCGGAACCCUGACCCCCACCCAAGCGUUCCAUCCUUCCUCCCACGCUCCACAGCUGUCCUCACACAUUGUCGCACUACCUCCUCCUUACGCUGCUGUAUCUGACAUCCAUUUGUCCAAGAGGACCACGCAUUGCUUGACCUUAUCUGCCAUUUCCCACCUAAGUCCCAUGGUUCCACCUGGUCACCCUUCAUCAACUUCUAUGGUAGCUUCCAUCGGGGUGUUACCUGCGCCAGCUAGUGGGCCCCCGCCUCCACCGCCACCGGGUCCUCCACCACCAACAGGAGCUACCCCGCCACCCGCCCCUCCCCUCCCAGCCGGAGGAAGCCAAGGCGGGGUGGUGUACGAGGAUAGCCCCGCCUCUGGGCUGGCUGCGGCUCUGGCCAGUGCCAAACUGAGGAAAGUACAACGGCCAGAAGACGUUUCCAGCGCUUCCAGUCCCUGCGGGGCGACCAAAACCGAUGCCAACCGAACGAGCAGCGGAGGAGGGGGAGGAGGACUGAUGGAGGAGAUGAACAAACUGCUAGCCAAGAGGUACGUCCAACCGCCAAUGAAAAAAUCCAAUGAUCAUGAAAACCUGGAUGGUAGAACGAGAAGAAAAGCAGCUUCACAGUCGGAAAAACCCGGAGACAAAAAAGAAGAGGAAUGCCAAAAUGACGAUAGCAGUCUCUCCUCUUCUCCCAACACCCGAGGGCCCACCCCUCAGAACUCUGCAGAUUAUGGCGUCCUUGCAGACUUGGGGAAGAAGCCGUGGGAAAGGAGUAACUCGGUGGAAAAGCCGGCCCCCUCGUUACUCUCCAGAACCCCUCCAGUGGUGAAGAGCCCAGAAGCUAAGAGCCCCAUACAAUCUCAGCCGCCCUCUAGCAGGAUGAAGCCGGUGAAUAGCAGUAAUGACGUAUCGUCAGACGCCUUAGACUUCGACAGAAUGAAACAAGAAAUAUUAGAGGAAGUCGUUAGAGAGUUACAUAAAGUCAAAGAAGAGAUCAUCGAUGCGAUACGGCAGGAGCUGAGCCGGAUCAGUACGACAUAAUGAUGGCGGAGAAGGACGCGUUGUGGGAAUGUACAGAGAAGUCGGAGAGCCUCCGCUGAGCCGAGUCUUGGAUGGUCGAAGGACAGCACUUCCACUCUGACCCUUUAGCAGACACUUCGAAGCUUGCCGCCUUGGAUUCGCUUAUAAGUCUUACCAUGAGAGAAAACCUUCAAACAUUUUUUGAUUUCCGCCUCCAUCUGGCAUCGCACACACACAGCGCCGGCAGCCUUUUUUUUGUAUGAUAGAUUUGCUUAUUUAAUGUCUUCUUUUUUCAUUUGGUAGAAGAAGAGAAGUGAGCCAUUUGCUUUCUCUUAGGAUGACUUCCCGGUAGCCUGCAGUGUUAGGACCCCCUUUUUAUUUUAUUUUUUAUUUUUUGCCAACGGGAAUUUUAUUUCAGAAUCACGAGAGAAUCCGCCACGUUUCCGGAAAUCGUAUGGUGACAAAAUAAUAAUAAUAAUAAUAUAUAUGAAAAUAAUAAAGGAGAGUUUCCACGUCAUCACAAUAUUACAAUGGUACAUCAGUGCACCUCCGUAGCUGUAUUCAUAUUGGUAAUAAAUUGUUUAUUGUCCAAGC